AUGGAUUUGGAACGCGAGCUUGCCCGACAGCCCACAUGUAUGGAGGUCUUUCUCAAAACCCAUAAGAAGAAGGAUGGAUCAUUUGUUGAUUCUCGAUCUCAAACUCUUCAUCAACAAAUGGCAGAAAGGGUGACUCAGGCAUAUCAGCCAUCAGUAGAGGGGGGAGAUUCACAGUCUCUAUUCACCGACGCUCUAAAUGAGAUUUAUUAUGAUGUUGUCGGUGGAAAGACAAAAAACUCUACCCUCUACGGCCUGGGCUCUCAAGAAAAAGUUGCAUUUGAUUGUCUGAGAAAUCCGGCCGACCGUGCUAGUUCCUCUUCAUCUAGUGAGAUGCAGUCCUUAAGACGUGAAAAUCAAGAACUGCGCACUCAAUUGAAAUCAAUAGAUGAGAGGAUGACCGAUAUGGAUCAGUGGCGAGCUGAUGAGGAGAAGAGGAGAUCUGAUGAGGAGAAGAGGAGAGCCGAACAUGACAAGAGUAAUGAUGAUCUCAUGGCCCAGAUGCGCCAGAUAGUGGCUAAUUUCACCCCAGGGGUCACAUGGUUCUGA